UCCGUGGUGGUCGGUUUCACCGGCCACCACAUGAUAGCCGAUGGCCACGCGGCGAGCAAUUUCUUCGUCUCGUGGGGCCAAGCUUGCCGCGGGGUCGAAAUUACUCUCCUCCCAUUGAACGACCGCACUAUAUUCCGCCCCCGGGACCCUCCCCUCAUUGAGUACAACCAUGUGGGGGCCGAGUUUGUGUCCAAUUUAGCAAAGAAGGAGUCGUUGGUCAACGUCAACAAUGAAAAUAAAGAGAAAACCAUAAUCGUGCACAAAGUCCAUUUCACACUUGAGUUCCUAAGGAAACUCAAGGCGAACGCCUCUUUCAUGAACGGAAAAGCGAGGGUUUAUAGCACGUUCGAAAGUCUAAUAGCCCAUUUAUGGAGGGUCAUUACAAAAUCGCGCGGACUAGACUUGUUACAAACUACCCAAAUAAGAAUUUGGGUUGAUGGGCGUAGAAGAAUUAUACCUCGAGUGCCUGAUGAUUUUUUUGGCAACUUAGUCCUAUGGGCAUUUCCAACAUCAAAAGUGAAAGAAUUACUAGAUGAGCCACUUCACUAUGCAACAAAGAUAAUUCAUGAUGCAAUUACCAAAGUUGAUGACAAAUAUUUCAAGUCAUUUAUUGAUUUUGCACAUCACGAAGUUACACAAGAUUUAAUCCCAAGUGCAGACAUGAAGAAGGAUUCACUUUGUCCUAAUUUGGAAGUUGAUAGUUGGUUGAGGUUUCCAUUUUAUGACUUGGAUUUUGGUGCUGGUUGCCCUUUUGUGUUCAUGCCUUCUUAUUAUCCAACAGAGGGGAUGAUGUUUCUUGUGCCGUCAUUUAUUGGAGAUGGAAGCAUUGAUGCUUUUAUUCCUCUAUAUCAAGAUAACUUGGCAAAUUUCAAGAAAAUUUGCUACUCUCUUGAUUUGAAAGCAAAAUGAGAAGCAAACUUGCGUUGUUUGUAGCCGAUUAACAAUUUGGUUAUUAAUUUUCCUACGGGAUUUUCUUAUUAUGUGCAUUGUCAUGUUGAUGAUCAGUAUAUCUUGGAGAAGAAAUGUAAGUUUGGCACUUCCGAUUUUUAAAUGAUGAAUGAA